AGAGCUGCCGGCGCGCAUGAAAAUUGAGUUUUGAUUUUGACCGAUUUUCAAUGCUCAGCAGAAUGAAGCACGGCCGUGUGACCGAGCUCCCAGAGGAUUUCUAUAUCCCCAUUCCUUUGGAUACGGACAACAUCACACUUCUCAGCCCUUUCCUAGUGCCCCAGGACCAUCUAGCAAAUGCAGGCACUUUCUACGCAAUGGCUGCUUAUAUGUUUUUUAUAUUUGUCGUGGGCAGUUUCAUCAAUGCGCUUACCGUCGCAUGCACCGUCCAGUACAAGAAGCUCCGAUCCCACUUAAACUACAUCCUGGUGAACUUGGCUGUGGCGAACCUUCUGGUGUCAGUGGUGGGCUCUUUCACUGCCUGCUGCUCAUUUGCAUCCAGAUAUUUCAUCUUCGGCCCACUAGCAUGCAAGAUUGAAGGUUUCGUGGCAACCCUCGGCGGAAUGGUCAGCCUGUGGUCUCUGGCUGUGGUAGCGUUUGAAAGAUGGCUGGUCAUCUGCAAGCCACUGGGUAACUUCAUUUUCAAGCCCGACCAUGCUAUGGGGUGCUGUGUAUUCACCUGGGUGUUUGCAUUGAUCGCCUCGGCUCCUCCGCUUUUUGGCUGGAGCAGAUACAUCCCCGAAGGGCUGCAGUGCUCCUGUGGACCAGACUGGUACACCUCAAACAACAAAUACAACAAUGAAUCCUACGUCAUGUUCCUGUUUUGCUUCUGCUUCGCCGUUCCCCUCGCCACCAUUAUCUUCUGCUACACCCAGCUGCUCAUUACACUGAAAAUGGCAGCAAAGGCCCAGGCUGAGUCUGCCUCCACCCAGAAGGCCGAGCGGGAGGUGACCAGGAUGGUGGUGGUCAUGGUGAUGGGCUUCCUGGUGUGCUGGGUGCCCUACGCCUCAUUCGCUCUCUGGGUCGUCAACAACCGCGGGCAGCCCUUCGACCUGAGAUUUGCUUCGAUCCCGUCUAUAUUUUCCAAGUCCUCUGCAGUCUACAACCCGGUGAUCUAUGUUCUGCUCAACAAACAGUUCCGGUCAUGCAUGAUGAAGAUGCUGGGGAUGAGUGGAGGAGAUGAUGAAGAGUCAUCAACACAGUCUGUUACCGAAGUCUCCAAAGUUGGACCAGCUUAGACUGGACAUCCACGUCAUUUCUUCUGUUUGUUCAAGCAACUGCUGUACAAGCUACUGAUCACAUUUGUUCCUUGUAAAUAUGUACACAUGAAUAUUCUGUGCAAUGAAAU